AUGUGCAACGCGUCGCCAACGGUCGCAUCUGGCCACGCUGCGCCAAUUGCCAACACCAAACCAGCUCUUAUGAAGACUACAACCGGGGCAGCCCUGGAAGCUUACCACAAGGAAUUGGCAGAAGCACAGAAGCAGGUGGCAGUCUUCUUGGUGAAGAAUCACUUCAAGGAGAUUGAUCCAAAUUGCAAGCGCGGUAUGUUCUUUGUGACGUAUCCGCUUCACGAAGCAGUUAAGCAGGGCAACGCCUACAUUGCUUACUGGCUAUUGAAGUUUGGAGCCAACUGCUGUGCGCUGGACGGGCCUUUUCGUCAUCAUGCCUACCACUAUGCCAAGAAACAUGGUGGGGAAGAGAUGUUGAAGGUUCUUGAGAGAUACAUCAAGUCCUCAAUGCAUCCACAUCCGGUACGUCCACCACUGUCUUUGAGGAAGGUUCAGUACAUUCCUCCGCCCAGAGGUUUCGAAGAGUUCUUUGCAAAAGUGGGGGCAGAUCCUAUGGCAGUUGAGAAUGAGGAAGACUUCUGGCUGCAAGUUUGCGGGCGAACAAGUGCCAUCAAGGCAGCACAGUUGGGCCUGAAGACCGUCUGCAUCGAUAAGCGUGGCCCACCUGGAGGCACGUGUUUGAACGUGGGAUGCAUUCCAUCCAAGGCCAUGCUGCAAUCGUCAGCUCUCUACCACGAGGCCAAAAUAACCUUCGAGUCGCGUGGCAUCAUGGGAGCCGGAAACCUCUCGUGUGACUUCUCCAAGAUGAUGGAGAACAAGAAUGCCGCAGUCAAGAAACUCACAGGGGGCAUUGAGGGCCUUUUCAAGAGAGAUAAGGUGAAAUAUUUGAAGGGCUUCGGAAAGCUCACUGGACCCAACUCAGUGACGGUCGCUUUGAAUGAUGGCGGAGAGGAGACCAUCACAGCCAAAAACAUCAUGCUGGCAACCGGCUCCGAGAUCAUUGAGAAACUUCCUUUUGUGGAGGUCGACGAAGAACAGAUCGUCUCCUCCACCGGCGCAUUGGCCUUGACGAAAGUGCCAGAGAAGAUGGUGGUCAUCGGUGGUGGUGUGAUUGGAUUGGAACUGGGUUCAGUCUACGAACGUCUGGGCGCCAAAGUCACGGUGGUGGAGUUCUUGCCCACCAUCGGUGGAAUUGGCAUCGAUGGCGAAGUCUCCAAAGAGAUGCAGAAAAUUUUGAAAAAGCAGGGCAUCAGCUUCAAAAUGUCGACCAAGGUGACCGCUGUCGAGAAGUCUGGCAGUACGGUGAAGGUCACCACAGAGCCAGCAGCCGGUGGCGAUGCUGAAACCAUGGACGCCGACGUGGUGCUGGUCUGCGUGGGCCGCCGAGAGUACCGCGACGGCCUGGGCACCGAGGCGCUGGGCAUCGAGAUGGAAGGCAAGAAGAUCAAGGUAGAUGAUACCUUCAAGACUUCAGUGCCAAACAUCUACGCCAUUGGUGACAUCAUCCAUGGCCCCAUGUUGGCGCACAAGGCUGAGGAUGAAGGUGCUAUGGUUGCUGAGUAUUUGGCCACAGGGAAGCACCCGCACUUGGACUACAACAAUGUGCCUUCCGUCCUCUAUACACAUCCAGAAGUGGCCUGGGUGGGAAAGACUGAGGAGAUGCUCAAGCAGGAAGGUGUGGAGUACCGAAAAGGCAAAUUCGCCUUCGCCGCCAACGGCCGUUCCAUCGCCAAUAUGGACACGGAUGGCUUCGUGAAGGUGUUGAGCUGCAAGAAGACCGACAAGUUGCUGGGGGUCCACAUCAUCAACGCCAUCGCAGGGGACAUCAUUAGCGGUGCCUGCAUUGGCAUCGAAUAUGGUGCUGCUUCUGAGGACCUGGCAAGAGUGUGCAUGGCACAUCCUACAGUCUCCGAGGUCCUUAAAGGAGCCGCCCAGAAGACGGCCUUUGGCAAAGCUGUGAGUGGAUAG